UAAGCUGUCAAGUCUGCUAGGAUGUGUUCUUUCGUUUCUAUCAUCGUGUAUGCACAUGACACUCAAAGUGUUUGUUUUCUCAGCCAUGUCAUAUAAGAGGCACCCAAACCCUCAGAGCGCAGUGUUUACUGUUUACAGUGUACAGAUACUGUCGUGGCUGCACCUGCUCAUGGCUGCACCAAAUACUCAGGCUACCAGCAACUACAGCAUGGUGCCCCCUUGUACAAAGAUCCCUGACAUGCUCCUGCGGUACUACCUGUCACCAUCUUAUGGCCUCGAGUUCUGCAUUGGUUUUCCUGGCAACUUUGUGGUUGUACUUGGUUACAUAUUUUGUUUGCAGCAGUGGCAGAGCUGCAACAUUUACCUCUUCAGCCUGGCAGUCUCCGACCUAAUUUUUCUCUGCACACUGCCACGUCUCUCGUACCUCUAUGCAAACAACCAAUCAGAGACCAGUCCCUAUGCUUGCAUUAUCAACCGCUAUGUACUGCAUGUAAAUCUUUACUCUUCCAUCCUGUUUAUGGUUUUGCUAAGCAUGGACCGCUUCCUGCUUAUAAGAUAUCCAACAAGGAACCACUUCCUGCUGAGUCCCCGAUCAGCCUUGAUCGUAACAGGGGUGAGCUGGCUAGCUGUUAAUGUGGAAGUUGCUCCAAUGAUACCACUGAUGAUUGAUGACCUCCAGAGUGGGAACUGGAGUCGCUGCAGGGAUUUUGCCAGCCUGGAAGGAAGUAUAAAUACACUGGGCUACAGCCUGGGACUAACCCUGAUUGGUUACGUUCUCCCUGUGCUUGGACUUUGUGGUUUCUCCUACCAAAUUGCCCAUCUGCUCCGUGUCCAGGAAAGGACCGUCCAGAACAGGACAACCUCAUACAAGCGGGCUUUAAGGGUUGUUGUAAUGGCUACAGUACUUUUUCUGGUUCUCUACACUCCAUUCCAUGUGCUGAGAAAUGUCAGAAUAGCGUCUGAUGAGGCCUGGGCCGGGCUAUGUACAAAGAUGUACAUACAGGGUAUGUACAUCCUGAGCCGACCGUGGGCCUAUUUGCACAGUGUCUUCGGCCCUGUCUUCUACUUCCUCAUGGGUGACAAGUUCAGAGAACUCCUAUUUGCCAAGCUCAGAAAGCUGGGCGGAAAGAUAGAAAAAAGAGGGCCAGACUGAAAACACUCAACACAUAUCCCUAUGAGACACACAUCAACAUCCUUACAAGUGGACCAGCUCUACCUUUACAUGUAUUUUCUUAGUUUAAUACUUUAUUUUAUUUCUGCUGUGUUUUUAUUACCUCCACCCAUGGAAGUUAUGUUUUAGCAUGACUUGUUUGUUGUUUUUUAUCUGCCAGGAGGAUUACGUAAAAACUACUGGCAUGAUUUUACGAAACUUGGUGGAAGGGUGUGGCAAAGAAGGCAAAGAAAAACUUUUCCAGCAGAUCUGAAUCACGGGGUAUUUAUGCUGCAUUCUUGUGGUGUGACAAUAAGUUGCCUUAGUGACCAUUUCCACAUAUAUUAUAUUGCAACCUAUGACGUAUCACAAUAUUAAAGUUAAUAUGUACAUAUAGUCAUAACUUGCAUUGUACUGUGAGGUUGUUCCACUUUUCUGCUUCACAUGCAGAAUGAUGCUGACAUUUCCACCCAGUAAAAGCCUUUUUUAUUACUAACGUUAAAGGCCGUGACAAUGAAACUGUAGCUCUGGUUUC